AUGGAUCCGAGGCUCUCAGAAGUGGCCCAUGUUUUGGUUCCAGCGGUAAGGAUUUACAAGGAUGGCCGAGUGGAGAGACUCAUGGGCACGGCAACCGUCUCUCCAUCACUUGGUGAGAAAACUGGCGUCCAAUCAAAGGACGUCGCCAUUUCAUCGGAUUCUAGCGUGUCGGCAAGACUUUACAUCCCAAAAGCAGCGAUCGGCUCUCUCCACAAGCUCCCCGUACCCGUGUACUUUCAUCGAGGAGGCUUCACAUUCGAAACAGCGCAAUCUCCAACUUACCACAACUAUCUGAAUGCACUAGUCGCGGAGGCUAACAUCACCGCCAUCUCUGUCGAUUAUAGGAGGGCACCAAAGCAUCCUCUUCUGACGGCUUACAAUGAUUCGUGGACUUCCCUCAAAUGGGUGGCCUCUCAUUUUGCGGGAAAUGGCCCCGAGGAGUGGUUGAAUUCUCAUGCCAAUCUCAGCAAGGUGUUUAUGGCUGGUGACAAUGCCGGUGGUAACAUAGAUCACAACAUGGGCAUCCAAUUGGGAGGGGAGAAAUUAAAUGGAGUUGAAAUUGCAGGUGCUAUUAUGGAGUUGUUGAGUGAGAGCGGAUGGAGUGGUGCUAUGGAUGUGAUGGAAGCACCAAGGGAGGAUCAUUUGUUUCACUUGUUAAACCCUAGCUAUGAUAAUGCUAAGAGGAUGAUGAAGAAAUUGGCUUCCUUCAUAAGCAAGGACAAUUAG